GUAGAUGACCAUGAUUCGCUAUAAUAGAACACAGUUUCCUAAUACAAAAAUUUUGUUUCAAGUGGCGCAGGCCUGGUUAUAAUAAAUUUAAUUACAAGUCUGUAUACCUGCUAAAAUAAUGCCGGCAAUAGACGCUUCGUUAUCUGAUGAAGAUUACAUCAUUACAAGAGCUAAGGAAGCCCAAAAGUACAAUAUUCAUUCGGCAAAAGCAUGGAUGUUGACAGCAAAAACAUUAUUUCCUUCCAAUUUCAAAAUACAGUUUGAGGCGUAUCUGAUGGAAAAGCAAUCUGGUAACGUCCAAGAAGCAGCAGAAUGUUUCAGUUCUCUAAUGUUGUCAAGGCAGAAUAUGUCUGAUUUAUUACCAGAAAUAUCGGCCAUAGCAAAUGCUCUUAAAUCGACUGAUAUUAAUUUCCUAAGUCAAAUGUUUGAUAACAUUGUUCCUGAUAUCCAACUAACUAUUUUAAAAACUAGUGUUGAAAAUAGUGAUGAUACAAUGGAGCAUUGUAGGUUGCUAGUUUUAUUAUUGAAGAAAUUUCCACAGUUAGGUGUGGACAGUCUUGUUAAAACGUUGAUAAAUUCUGAAAAGUUUUUCUAUGAUAAUCGUUAUACACGUUUAUUAGUUGUGGAGACAUUGCCUUUGCUGAGUUCUUUGGAAUCACCAAGACUUCUUCAACGUUUAUUAGUAAAAGCUAUUGAUUUUUACAAUUCUUAUGUAUAUGAUGAAACGGAACAUGACAUAACAGAUCCUUGGCAGAGACUUUAUGGAGUAUUAGACCUGCUGGGAAGACAGUUGGGAUGGGAUCCUUUUCUCAUUAAUUAUAAUAAUAGCUUAAAUAAAGAAACUUAUUUUCAGAAGUUAAUAACAUUACGAAACUGUGAAGACUGUCGUCAGUUAUUGUAUUGUGGUGUGACAUUAUUUUUAAGAUCACUUCAUGAACAAAGAUCUCUGAAAGGCAAUCAUAUUUUAAUAGAAGCACUGUCAGAUCCAGAUUUGCCUCCAUCCAAAAGAAGAAAAGGUGAUGUAGAAGUUACAGGUGUAUCAGCACAUCAAUUUCAAGCAGCUGCUAAUUGUUGGGAACUAUUACAUAGUGAUGAGGUUAUUUCACGGGAAUUUACAAAACUAGUUAAUCAGUUGCAAGUUAAACCUUGGUCAGAAGGUUUUGUUGAUGAAUUGGCUCUUUACAGAGGACAGUAUGAGGAAAUGGCACCACCGCCUACUUCAACUAACCUUUCUGCUUGUAUUGUACGAGUUUCUAUAAAUUAUUCUCAAAAGAAAUAUUCAGCUUGUAUUGAAAACAUAUUAGCAGCUUUACCACAGUUACCAUCAGUAGAAGGAGUAUUGGAAUCAGAUUUGAUAGUUGGUGGUAAACAUAGACAUUUGCACUUUAUGCCCAUGACAAAAGUGGCCAUAAUGCACUAUUUCUGCACUUUACUUAUAAGAAUUCUCUUGAGUACUGGAAAUAAUUCUGAUUUAACUAUUGGCCAUAUAUUGGUAUUAAUUCAAUUGGGUUGGCCACAAGAGGAAGCAAUAUUUCUUCAGAUAUUAGAUAUGAUUAGACAGAAAGGUGUAUUCCAUUAUCAUUUAUUUUCAGCAUAUAUUAUACAUAUAGAUAUAUUGGAAGAACUUAGUUUCAUUUGGAAUGAGCAUGGAAAUAAUAUUGCAUUGGACAUAUUGCCAAAUUCUCAGCAACACCUUGGUCAAAGAAGGAUUGGAACACGUGGUGCUGAUAAAGGGGUUAAAGAAGAUUUCAAACAAGCUAUGAAAGCUCAAGUAGCCAGAAGUAAUGAAUCUUUACUCAAUUUGAUGAUACAGUUCAUAACAUCUGAACGACCUUAUUUGCUUCAAAUAUAAUUAAAAAGUUUAAAAAUUAAAA